AUGGCCACCGACUACGCCAAGAAGACCAACGCUGAGCUCGUUGAGAUCCUCAAGUCACGGAACCUCCCUCACACUGGCAAGAAGGCGGACAUGGUUGCGCGCCUCCUGGAAGACGACAGCUCGAAAGCCGCUGCGCCCGCUCAAAACGAGAACGCGGAUGAUGUGAUCGACUGGGAGGAUGAUGAAGUUCCUGCCGCAACCUCUACCACGACGACCAAAGCCGCCGAGACUGAUGCUGCAGCUGCAGCUGUGGCUCCGGCCCCUGCUGAAGAGACCGCCACCGCCGCUCCCAAGGCGGAGGAAACCGAAACAGAUGGCGCGAAAUCGGCGACGGGAGCAACCAAAGACAGUGCAAAGCCCUCAGGUACAGUAGAACCGACGGGCGCGGAGGAACAGGCAGCCCAGCAGCCUGCGGAGGAGAAGCCAGCACCCAACUUCGCUCUCGGUCUCACUGUGACGGAUUUGGAGGAAGAGUUGAAGAAGCGCAAGGCCCGCGCGGAGAAGUUCGGUAUCACGGAGGAGUCGCAGGCUGCGAUUGACGAGGCGGCGAAGAAGCUUGAACGCGCUAAACGGUUCGGCACAGCGGGUGAAGCGCCUGCUGUGGAGAGCGUGAGCCGGCUUGACCAGGCUUUGCCGGAGGGAUCACGGAAGAGGGGUCGUGGUGAGAACGACCAGGGUGGCCGAGGCGGCAAGAAACGGAAUCACAACGGGCGGAACAACCAGCGCCAGCGUGGUCGCGGCCAUAGAGGCCAGGGACAAGGCCAGAGCCAGAAGCACGGACAGGCCCAGAAAUCUGCUACGAAUAACGGCGCCUCGAAUGGCUGGAGUGAGAAGGAUAAGGCGGCCAUGGAGGCUCGGAAGAAACGCUUCGGCACCGGCGCGUGA